AUGGUUUUUACUAUAAUUAUUCGAUUUCUAGGAAGGAUAGAAAAGGAAGAAAUCACUAAUAUACUAGGUUCUCGAGGAUUGAAAAUACAUGAAAUUGAACCCGAUGGUGAUUGCUUAUAUAAUGCUGUUGCUCAUCAGUUGUCUUCAUCUAAUAAAAAGGUCACAGGUGAAGCGUUGCGACAAAAAGCUGCCAAUUAUAUCCGAGGGAAUAGGGAUGAAUUUUUACCGUUUUUAAGUGAUGAAAAUGGAGAUCCAAUUGAUACGUUUAGUUUUGACGAAUAUUGUGAAAAAAUCAAGAAGAGCUGUAAAGACGGUGGCCAGUGGGGAGGUGAACCUGAGUUGCGGGCUUUGUCAUGUGCACUUGAGAGACGUAUUGAAGUUAUUCAGCCUAAUGGAAGAAGUGCAGUUUUUGGUGAUUUUGAACAUACGAAACCUUUAAUAAUAACUUAUCAUCGUUUUGCUUAUUCACUUGGUGAACAUUAUAAUUCAACAGUCGAUUCAUUAAAACACUCAUAUUAA